AUGCCUGAAUAUCAACCUCUAAGCCCAAUAGACUCUUCUGAUGAGUCUCAGAUCUAUUUAACCUACGAAGCCGCAACGGGUGAACUACGAAAGAAGCUGUCUCGCAAGGGAAAAAAACAGAGAUUCCAAUAUCAUCUUAUCAGCAUUGUUUUCAACUUGAUUGCAAUCGCGCAAAUAAUCCUCGGUGCAAUCAUUACCGCAUUAGGACCUUCAGCCGGUGAACAUGUGCUAGCAAUCACAAUUCUAGGGGCUUUCAAUACCUCUAUUGCUGGAUUGUUAGCUCUACUUAAAGGAAGAGGGCUUCCCGAGCGACUAAGGAGAAAUUCGAUCGAGAUUGCUAAGGUUUUGGACUUCAUUGAAGAAAGAGCAACCUUACUAAGAUAUGGCAAUACCCAAACCUCUAAUAACGGAGUCUCGGUUCUUUUACAAGAAGCUUUUCAAGCGUACAACUCCGCCAAGCAGAUAAUUGAGGGGAACCAACCCGAUACAUAUACAGAUGGAAAGAAAACUCAAACUUCCGUCUCCGCUACAGAGAUGAAUGGUUCUUCGAGUUACGCCACAGUGACCAAUGAAUCGAUUGGAAAGAGACGCCAAACAGAUGAGGAAAUGGGAAAUAUCCAUGGGGUUUAA